GCAGUUCCCCGGUUCGAAGAAAAAUCGUUCCUGCCCUUUCUUUCUACCUUCCCUUUGGAAGGCGAGCGACGGAGAACGGAGAGGGAGAGGAGUAGGGGCAGAGAGAGAGAGAGAGAGAGAGAGAGAGAGAGAUGCGAUCGUGGCUUCGGCCGGAGACCAGCGGGAGCCGUCUUCAGGAACGGAGAAGGCCGUGCAAUGCGCGCUCUAGUGGAGGUGAGAGACAAGAAGCAGCAGGUCGUUGAUGGCCUUGCAGCAACCGCCGCCUCCGCAGCAGCAGUUGCAGAUGAGCUGGCAGCCGAGUCUUCUGAGUCAGAAGCGCAAGACCGGCCCUCCUCUCGGCCUCAGGAACCUCGGCAACUCCUGCUACCUCAACAGCGUCCUCCAGUGCCUCACCUACACCCCUCCCCUCGCCAAUUUUUGCCUUCGAAGCCUCCACUCCUCUUUCUGCGAUUCAAGCACAGACGCAGAGAGGAAGCGCGACUGCCCAUUCUGCAUACUAGAGAAACGAAUAGCGCGGUCUCUGAAAGCGGAUCUCGCACAGGACGCCCCCGCCAAGAUCCUCAGUUGUCUGCGCUUGUUUGCAGAGCACUUCCGCAGUGGCCGCCAGGAGGAUGCCCACGAGUUCCUCCGUUACGUAAUCGAUGCCUGUCAUAACACCUGCCUCCGCCUCAAGAAGUUGCGGCAUAAAGGGAGCUCGGACGCUCCAAUCGGCAUUGGUGGUAAUACCAUUGUUAAGGAGAUUUUUGGUGGCUCUCUUCAAAGCCAAGUUAAGUGUUUGUCAUGUGGAGCAGAGUCGAAUAAGGUUGAUGAGAUAAUGGAUAUUAGUCUAGAUGUUUUGUACAGUAGCUCGCUUAAGGAGGCAUUGCACAAGUUUUUUCAGCCUGAGGUUUUAGACGGCAACAAUAAGUAUAAAUGUGAGAAUUGCAAGAAACUGGUAGUGGCGAGAAAGCAGAUGUCGGUCUUUCAAGCUCCGAAUGUCCUUGUAAUACAACUUAAGAGGUUCGAGGGUAUAUAUGGUGGGAAGAUCGAUAAGGUCAUUUCAUUUGAUGACGUUCUCGUGCUUUCUAGCUUCAUGUGCAAAGCAAGCCAGGAUCCAUCACCAGAGUAUAAUCUAUUUGGCACUAUCGUACAUGCUGGCUGCACGCCAGAUUCUGGACAUUAUUAUGCUUAUAUCAAGGAUGCAAUGGGUCGGUGGUAUUGUUGUAAUGACGCCUACAUCUCCCUAGCAACCCUGGAGGAGGUAUUGUCAGAAAAGGUCUAUAUGCUUUUCUUCUCUCGAACCAAACAAAGGCCAACAUCUUCUAUUGCAUGUUCACCUUCGAAGGGAGUAAAAUCUCAAGAUUGUACUUCUAAUCUCCCAUCAAAACCAUCCUAUGUGAAACCAUUAGCUGAGGUUUCCUCUUGGAGGAAUGUCUCCGCGACAGCUAAGGUUGAUAAAGUGCUAUCUGGUCCUCGGAUGAAGUUUAACAUUGCUGGAAAUGCUGGUUCCAAAAGAGUGCCUGCUCUUACCAAUGGAAAAGUGGACCCUCGUAAGAAUCAUUUGGUAGAACAAAAUGGGGAAUUGGACACUGUUCAGGUCAACAAGAGCGACAAAUACAGGUCAAUUUUUUCAAAUGGGAAUGGUCAUGGCAAAGAGAAUAAAGUUGGUUUUGCUGACAGUAUGAAAAACCAAACUGUUGGCUCACCGGGUUAUGUUGAAAAUGGUAGAAUCAGUGCCUCUGAUGAGGAGAAAGGUGAACCAUUUGCAUCUGAGAAUGGAAAUGGCAAUGUCAGGAAUGUAGGUCUUGAUUCAGUAAAAUCAGUUUUAUGUGAAAGUAAUGGUGCAACUAGCAUAAAAGCAAAAAUUAGAGGAGCUGAUCAGCAUAAGCUGCAAAAUGGAAGUGUUCCUUGUCAGCCUGAUGUCUCAGGGUCAAAAAGAAAAUUGCAGGAUGGCUGUUGCAUUUUGCUGGCUCAGGACAUUCAAUCCCGGGCAAAAGUUGAAGAGCUAAAAGAACUGCUCAAGAACGAUGCAUCUUCAGUAUUGAGAUCCUGCGGCUGGUUAGAGGAAGUAUAUAGUUUCAUGCGCUUGAAGAAGAGAUCAUAUGCAUCUGAAGUAGAUAACACUUUAGUGCCUGCAGACUAUUUAAAGAAGAAGUUGAUUGCAGAUGCCAGACCAAUAUUCAGCACGCAAAUUCCCCAGUCUCUUAAAGAGGGGCUUAUUGGACACCUUAGGUCUUUUUCUAAAGAAAGAGGAUGAUAUAUAUGGCCAUGAUCAAAUCGUCAUGGAAUCAAGAAGUGGCCUUACAAUUUUUCUGUCAGUGGGGCUUGCUAUAUGAUCCGCCUAAUUAUCGACAUGCAAGUCAAUGGUAGUACUUUCUUGAGGACUUGGUUCAUUCUCUAGGUGAAUCGGUGGUGUUUGUAUCUGAAGCACGAGACUCUGGAGGAAGUGAGGCUUAUGUGGGAUAGUAUGUUGGUGACCUCAGUGUACUAGUAGUUAAGAGAUGGAUGGAUGAGUUGACAUUUUGGCAAACAAAUUUUGGAUAUUCAUGAUUUCGCGGCUGCGUUGGGGGAGAGAUGGAAGAUUGGGAAUUGAUUCAUUUCUGUAACAAUAGCCCUUUUUUGACCGAAAUGAUAGGAUAUGUAGUCGACAUCUUCCAAAUGAUGAAACAGUUUUUCCUCUAAGGGAAUGGACGUGUAAUACAUUGCUGCAGAGUGUUUUGAACGUUCGUA